UCUGCUGACGUCAUAAAGACAAAUGGCGCGCUUGAAUGACGCACCCGGAAGUGGCUUUUAUUAGCCUACUAUGUUGUUGUGGUUGCUAGCGGUUCCUGAGUAAAUGUUACCUGGUUAUGUAGAAUCGGUUAAAGGAAUUCUUUAAAGUGAUGGCAGAGGGGAGUUGUCAGGAUGUUGUUUCAGAGUACCUUCAGCAAAACCCUCACCUGGCACACUGGGUGGAAUCCUUAAGAGAGCUCUCUGAGACAAAUAAGCACUGGCAUGCCAGACGAGAGUUUGUUCUGCGCAAUAUGGAGGUCUUUCCGACCAUCCAGCCAGGAGUCUCAACUCCCAGUCUGGACAGACUUCUUUCUCUCUCCAAAGUUUGGGCCAAUCAGACGUUCUUGGGAUGUCGCUAUCCGCAACCUGUGAUGGACAAGGUGAAAGAGAUGUCAGAAGGGAUUGGUGUGGACAAAGAUCCUGAUGAAAAAACAAAAGAUGAUGUCGUAGGAAAAGGAAAGAGGCCGUCUGUUUCAGUCAUGGAUGCUGAGAGCUGUGUUAAGAAAUGCAAAACUGUAUGUAACGACUCUGACAGUAAAGGUGGAGAACAAAAUACUGACUGUCAGACCGCUGCUGCUGUCAAAUCGGGUCCCUCGCCCGAGGCUCCUGCAGAACAUCAGCCCUUCUUUAACCGCCUUUAUAAAACCGUGGCCUGGAAGCUUGUGUCUGCAGGAGGCUUUGGACCCAACCUGAACCACUUUGAGAUCCUGCGCACUUCUGUGGAGUCAUGCAAGGCCAGCCUUAGUUGUGUAUUUGUGCCUCUUAAAGACAUUCCUGACCUGCCUGCCGGCUGCACACAAAGAGAGGGCCAGGUGUGUGAACUGCGCUGCCACACUGUCUACAUGGGCACAGGAUAUGGCCGUGACGAACAUGCAGCGAGGGCCAUGGCCUCGAAGGAGGCCCUUAAAACAUUUCAGGGACGGAAGGUGACAGUGAAGAUCUCUCGUCGCAGGUUCCGGGGUCGAGACGUAGAGGAUUUGGUCCUGUUAGACGAACAGCCGAGAAGCUCAAUCUUGCCUCCUGCUCUUAGCUAUCCUUUUUAAGUUUAGUUAGUAAAACACUCCAAUUGUCCCCUUCAACAUGUAAUUUUGUCUGUUUAAGACUUCUCAGUUGCAAUUAUAAGGACAUUUGAAGCUUAUUGGCUGUAAUUAGUAAAUGGCUUUAUACACUAAAAUAUUUUAUGUCGCUUUAAUACUGAUAAAAAACUGGCAACGGUUCAUUUGCGACGUUGUGCAAACAUAAGUGUAUAGGUUUGUUUAGCAUUUGAGCCCCGCUUUCGAAGAGGAGUCUAGUGGGUGUAUUCGAAAGGUUUACACAAACUUGACUAUGAUUUGGUCUGUGUAUGAUCUAAUAUUGAAUUAAUAUUCAAACUGCACAUCUUUACCUUCUAAAAUCCUUUCACCGUUUUCUUUUUCUGGUGUAAGAUAUUUCAGUAUAUGGAAGUAGUCAGUUUAUUUAAGAAAAGUUAGGGGUAAGGUUUAUCUCACUCAUUCGUGUCCUCAUGUUCAUGUACAGUAAAACAAGUCUGGAUUAGUUAAUUGCCUUAGUCUAAGUUAUCUCAAUGGUUUCAAUGGUUUUGAUGGAUUGAUGGUUCUUUUUCUUCUUAGAGCAGCUAGUACUGAACCUUGAAUUUGACCUUAAUAGCAUUUCCCUGUUCCAGGUUUUAUGUUACUGGAACACUGGCUAAAUAUUUCGGAAAAUACCGUAAUUUCCCUGUUUUGACAGCAGAUAAAACCUAAAAUCUAAAGUCUUGAAUUCUGUCGUUCUGUACAUAUUUAAUAAAAUAUCCUAUUUUUCCCAAUAUGUGCUCACUACAUUGCUUAGAAAUGUUUUAUUUUAUAGAAAGUAUUUACAUUUAAUUGGAUAAAGCAUCUUUUUUUUUUCAUUUAACACCCAUUCUGUAUCUUUUUGUUU